AUGUCCAUUGUCAGUCAGGAUGAGGAAUUCAUGGAAUCCAUGAAAUUUCAACCGCAUAAUCAGUCAACAGCUGGUUCUAAUCAAUCCACUGAAGAGAAGCAAUUGCUUGAACUUCAAACACUUAAACAAGAACAAUUAAUAAAACAAAAUCAACAGUUUCUCAAUGACCUAUUUCAUGAUAACUCUACGCAACCCAUUAAGGUGCGAAACGUACAGAUUACAAAUGGUGAUCAGUUCCGGGAUAGUUUUGUUGCUGCACAAUUUGCACCAUUACUUGAAGAAGGGACCGUGAUGAGUUUGAGAAAUUAUCUUGAUGUAGUAGAUAAUAUUCUGAAGGGUUUUUUGAAAUUGGGCAUAGUGGAAAAUAUCAUGUGCAGCACACAUCAAGUUAAUGCUGUUCAACCUAAGAGAUCGCCGUUUCCGUUCGUUACUGGUGGUGCUCGUGGUAAUGCAGGAGCUAUUGGGGCCAUCAACGUUGUUCCCGUGUUUAACGCACUUCCUGUGAAACGUUUUUUUGCGAAAACAGGUACCAAUAUAGGAAACGGGGAAGGUGAUGGGUACAUCCAAUUUCAACUCCGUAAUAUAUUUGGAGGUGGCGAAAACUUGGUGUUUGAUGCUGUGACUGGUACAAAGACGCAGAGCUCAUACUUACUCAAUUAUAAUCAACCGGUAUGGAAUAAUCCAAAUUUCAUUUGGGAAAAUCAAUUUAGUAUCAAUUCACGCAAACUCGAUUGGAUUCAGAGUGUUGUACAAUCGAAAUCUAUUGUAAAUAAAAUAUACACUCAAUUUCAUCACACAAAAGUCAAUCAUGAACUAGUUAUGGAAAAUACUGUAAGAAAUUUGAGUAAUAAUGCUUCCCGCAGUUUUGAAGUUAUGCAACAAAGUGGACAGCUGAUAAAGAGUUCAGUAGCAUAUAAUAUCAGUUAUGACUCGCGAGAUAACAAGCAUUUACCAUUUUCAGGGCGGUAUAUUCAAUGUGGUGUCGAGUAUAAUGGGUUACUUGGCCUGUUGAAUGCUUUUCCAUAUGUAAAGACAGCAUCGCAAGCGCAACAAGCUUGGAAUUUACCGUUCUUGAACUCCCAUCUACUUGCGACCGUAAAAUGUGGGUUACUUUACCCUUUACUUGCCGAGCGGAAAUCGGGAAUUUCACUGUCAAUGUCGCUGUCACUGUCGCUGUCGCUGUUGCUGAUUUCUCCUUCUCCUUUUUCUUCUUCGUUAUUGGACCGUUUCUAUAUUGGUGGUCCAAAUGAUGUUAGGUCCUUUAUGUUGAAUGGACUCGGCCCAAAGAACCAAAAUUCAUACAUUGGUGGCGAUAUGUUUAUGAAUGGUGGUCUCUCACUUUUCACGGAUAUCCCGAGGUACAAGGACUCGAAUUUCAAGCUACAUAAUUUUGUCAAUUGGGGUAGGAUUGCAUCAAUGAGCAAAGACCAGAGUCUUGUAGAUAAUUUAAAGAAAAUGAGUCACUCGUAUUGCUUGAGUUGCGGAUUUGGGAUUUUGUACAACCAUCCCAUGGCUAGAUUUGAACUCAAUUUUGUUCUUCCGUUAAUUGUUAAUGAGAGAGAUUUAGUAAGAAAAGGUAUACAAUAUGGUAUUGGUGUCUCGUUCCUAUGA